UCCCAAAUCUACCUGCGAACUCUUUUGGAGUUUCUUUUGCAAUAUUACGAGAACUGUAUAACGUGUCUCACCCCUGGCAUCAUAUCUUUGUUCCCAGUAUUGCUUGAGUAUGCAAACGAAGACGAUGCCGAGUACGAAUUGUGCGGUUCCCUUAAAGAUAUGGAUAUAAAAUAUAGUGCAAAUACUCUUAUACACGAUCACAUGUCCAGCUUACUAUUGGUACCAAAGUUUGCAGAUUCUUUUCUUGGAGUUGUUACACAAGCAUUCUACACUACUUAUCUUUGGCGUGUUAAAGUAUCAGUUUUAAAAUUUAUCCAAGUACUAGUCUUCUCCAAUAUUUACGAGUUAGAGAAAAAAUUUCGUCCUGCAAAAGUGGAAGUACGAAUUGAAGCGUCGCGUGCAAUGUUCACUCUAAUCCUCUGUGAAUACAUCAAAGUCGAUAAGGAGCUUUCGAACUAUUUGAAUGAUUUGAUGAAGAACAAGAGCACUCCUUCAAUGCAUGGCGCAAUAUUGGGAAUGGCGGCGGUAGUACGAGCUCAUCCCUUUACAACACCACCUGCUAUUAAGCCCAUGCUGUGGGCAUUGUGUAAUGUAACCAGCCGCAAUGCCGAGCUUCAGAAAACCGCAACGACUGCGCUGCGUGAAUUCCGAGCCGGGACUCAUCGAGAAAAUUGGGAGAAGACAGCAAAACUUUUAGGAUCAGACCUUGUAUACAAGAUCGAGAAUGCUAUUGCUCCCCUUUACUAUGCUUAA